AUGGCAGACAUGUUAAGUUUUUCAUGCAUUUCUUCCUUUCAUAUUACUACCAGCUCCAAUAUCGAGGCUACUUUUGUUUGUGUUACAUCGUCCUGCACAAAAACUAUUAUCGGCGUCUGCUACCGACCUCCGAAUUAUACCGGCAUGUUUUGCCACGAGCUUCAUUCUCUGCUGCUUGAAAUCAAUGAGCGGUACCCAAGAUCGAAUGUCAUAGUCUUUGGCGACUUUAACUUCCCUAACAUAGAUUGGUUUAGUCUAACAACUAGUGGGUCCAGUGAAGCCAGGGAUUUUCUCGAUCUAUGCUUAAACCAUAAUCUCACCCAAGUCGUCGACAAACCUACACGUGAAGACAACAUCCUUGAUCUUAUUCUAACGACGUCCCCAGACCUGGUGACAUCCAUUAGCCAAAGCAAAGGUUUUAGCGACCACAAUCUGCUGACCGUGGAGUUAUCUUUACCCAUCCAUUAUAGAAACCCAUCCUCAAAAAUGAUCAAGGACUACUCCAAAGCCAAUUUCGACGCAAUGAACAGCAAUCUUUCUGCAUAUCUUCCCUUGUAUACCGUCAGUUUUUACUCUAGGACCAUAGAACAGAACUGGUUACUUUUUAAGAAUAAGUUAAAUAAUCUCGUUAACCUGUUUGUACCCUCUGUACAUAUUCGGAGCGAUGAUUGCAACCCGUGGUAUAACAAAGCAUUAAGGUCCCUCAACAAUAAAAAAAAAGCGAUUGUUUAGAAGAGCAAGGCGUCUAGACUGCGACGCUGCCUGGGAUGCAUACUUUUUGUGCCUUAAGACCUACACUCGGAACCUUCGUCUGGCUAAACACAAGUUCUUUUUUGAGGAUCUUUUUGGUAUCCUGCGUAACAACCCUAAAAAAUUCUGGAAGAUAAUAUCCCCCAACUCUCGCUCCUCCUCUAUCCAGCUAACCGACGAGGACGGGUCCCAGAUAUCUGAA